AUGGCUGCCGCUGAUGUGCAGCAGUCCGUUAUUGAGCGUCAGAGUCCAAACAGGCUGGAGCUGCCCGGGCUGCCCAGGCCCUGCUCUGAGCCGGACCGGGGCUUCAUCAGCUUCAACGGCUCGUGGCGGGUGCAGGGCAUCCUGGCCAUGUCCCGUUCCCUCGGCGACUACCCGCUGAAGCACCUCAACGUGGUCAUCCCCGACCCCGACAUCAUGACCUUUGACCUGGACCAGCAGCAGCCGGGCUUCAUGAUCCUGGCGUCGGACGGGCUGUGGGACGCCUUCAGCAACGAGGAGGCGGUGCGCUUCAUCAGGGAGCGGCUGGACGAGCCGCACUUCGGCGCCAAGAGCCUGGUGCUGCAGUCCUUCUACCGCGGCUGCCCCGACAACAUCACCGUCAUGGUGGUCAAGUUCAAAGGCAGGGCGCCCGACAAGUAGCAGAGGACCAGGCCGGGUUCUACACACACAUGCACACACAUGCACACAUACACACAUACACACACAUACACACAUACACACAGACAUGCACACAUGCACACAUACGGUACAUACACACAUGCACGGGCAAACACACACACAUAUACCAUACAUAUAGAUAUAGAUAUAUAUAGUUAUAUAUAGAUAUAUAAUGUAUACGUAUAUACAGUAUACAUACAUACAUGCAUACAUACAUACAUACAUACGUGCAUACAUUUUAUAUAUAAAUAUAUACAUAUAUACAUACCUAUACAUACAUACAUACAUACACAUAUAUAUAUACAUAUAUAUCUCUAGAUAUAUAUGUAAAUAUAUACAUACAUACAUACAUACAUACAUACAUACAUACAUACAUACAUACAUACAUACAUACAUACAUACAUACAUACAUACAUACACACAUACAUACAUACAUACAUACAUACAUACAUACAUACAUACAUACAUACAUGUUUAAAGAUAUAGAUAUCAAUGAAUGAAAACAGCCUGUAUCUUUGGCAGCAAAGUAUUUGUAACGAAAACAUCACCGAAAUAACUGUACAGAAAUUAAUCUCUACCACCAGAAUCUUUAUUUAGAAUUUCUUUAUUUUUUAAUAUUCGUUAAGUACAGGUUACUGUCAAGAUUGUAACAAAUCAGUUAUCAUUUAGUGUUAUCAUAUAUAUAUUUAUACAUACCAGAUGUGGCUACUAUUGAUCUGAACCAUAUGAGGGUCUGACAUUUAUGAAAAACGGAUGACUUGUUGAUCACCUGUGGUAACCCUGCCGAUCACUAACUAUAUUACCCUAGCUAGACUUUAUAAUCUUUCUUGCCGAUAGAUUAUUAACUACAAAUUCAUAACCUGGUGGCUGGUGGUCUGAGUGUAUCAUUUUAUCAAUGGCAUUGCAUAAUGCACAUGACAUUGACUAACCUGAUUUCAUAGUUUGUUCAUUUACAAUCUUAAUGUCUCCAACUUGUAUGAAACAAAACAGCUAUACUGAAAACACACACGUUUGUCACAAUGUCCUUCAUCCUCAAACCAUGAAGAUCAUAUCAUCCGAUCGCUUAGAUAAAAACCUACGUUGUAAUUGCUCGGCAAAUGAAUGAGUUGAUUUAUCUAUUUACCAUUUGAGAAUGUUUGGUUUUGACUGAAAUUGUUAUUUAUUUGAUUUGUUCACAUUUAUUUGUUUCCCUGUUCUGAACAGUCAAGGUCUACUUCAGGAAACUAUUUCACUUGAUCAAAUCCAAUAUCCAUAUAAUAUCUCAAUAAAUAAAACAGUAGUCUUGGGUCAAUCUGCAAAACAUAGAAACACGCCUUUGAAUUAAAUAUGUACAUGUUGCCUUAUUUUGUAAAGUGUUUGUCUUUUCAGUUAUCAAGCCCGCUGGCAAAGCAAAGGGUUUGAGUCGUUGAUGUAAUGCAGUUUACUGUCCCAUCCGCAUCAUGCAUCGUGAAUGUCUCGCUGUUAUGACCGACUACACGUCCUGCAUUGAAGAGUCUCUGAGAGACAGGAAUAUCGUAACAUGAAUGUAUAUAAUAACCCCUUGUUCGUAACACCUAUUUGUUUUUUUCAGCGAUGACUAAAGUGAUGCACCGUCCCUAAAAAUAAAUAUUUACUAGUAUAAACUGUUUGUGAUUUUUCUGUUUUAAUUCCUUUCUAAAUAAUGUAACACGGAAGAAUGCUACAGUGGAGUUUGUACUUGUUUUUCCUGACUUUAAUAAAUUGUUGAAAAAAAGGAAAGAUUUUUGAAGUGUAAAUCAAACGGUUGACAUUAAACUUGAUCAAACAGUUUCCUCCGUGUUUUUAAUCUAACUUCAGAAUCCAAACCUUGAUUUUUUUUCUCUUUAAAGUGUGGACGGUGUGCUGAUGCCCCCUGCUGGUGGAUCAGCCUUACCUCACAACCGUUCCAUUGAGCCGAAACAUCCAUUCGAUGUUUUUAAUCCACCUGGUAUUCUUAGACAUACGCAAUUACCGGCAAUCCAUAGUAACCUGAAAGGUACGAAUAUGUUUGUUGGAGGCCUACCGUCAUAAUCCCAGGUGUGAAAAAAAAAACAUCAAUAACAAAUUAUCUAAAUUAAUGAGAA